AUGGCGAUAGGGCAGGGCACCUAUAGCACUGUAUUCAGAGCAAGGGAUAUUGAAACAGGAAAAUUUGUUGCCCUAAAGAAGGUGCGGUUUGACAAUUUUGAGCCUGAGAGUGUUCGAUUUAUGGCACGAGAAAUACAGAUACUUCGCCGACUUGACCAUCCUAAUGUGAUGAAGUUGGAGGGUUUGGUUACUUCUCGGUUAUCAUGUAGUAUAUAUCUUGUAUUUGGAUAUAUGGAACAUGAUCUUGCUGGCCUUUCAUCGUCACCUGACAUAAAAUUCUCUGAAUCACAGGUAAAGUGCUUAAUGGAGCAAUUGUUAUCUGGUCUUGAGCAUUGUCAUUCAAGAGGAAUCAUCCAUCGCGAUAUUAAGGGCGCCAAUCUUCUUGUUAAUGAUGAAGGCAUGUUAAAAAUUGCUGAUUUUGGCCUG